AUGGGCAACCAGCCGUCGCAUCCCUGUGUUCCUCUCGAUGGCUAUUUGGCGGUGAGGGCCUCCAUAGAGGCCCGCUUCCCCCCUCCCCCGGCGGUCCGUCAGACGAACCCAACAGAUUCUGGUGCCGGUUGCUGGGGGGGCCCCGGGGGCGAACAGCAGGUGACGGCCUCAGAAAGGCAGCAGCAUGAGAAGCCUGUUGUGCGAGAAAACUCGAGGUCCAGUGGUCCAGUGCUACAGGAGCCGGCAUCUACGGGGCCCGUCCUCCCCCCAACCCUCAGCGUAGCUGAAACCACCGACUCGGAUUGGGCCCCCGACGAGUUCGAAGCAGCGUCAUUAGAUGACACCUUGGGGGGCCUGUCUCAGUCAUUCACCAGGGCCAAAGCUCCGCAAGUCAGGGCACAGUCGCCUCUGCCGUUUCCCUCUAUGGCGCACUGCUCGCCGACGGUUUCGAGGAAAGCAGAGACCCCAGAGACCCCGCAGCAGCAGGUGCAGCACCAGCGAGAGAUCAGCAGCAGCAACACCUGCAGCAGCAAUAGAAGCAGAAGCAGUAGCAAGGACGGCGAUGUGGCGCAGAGAACACAGAAGGUAUACGCUGUGGAUGCGUUUCCUAGUCACGUCAGCAGGCCGAAGCAAUUAGAUGCGGCUCUCGUCACACAAGAGAAAGAAAUGCCAAGAGUAAAGCAUGAAAGAACUCGGCGGGAAAAUACCCAGAGGCGCGCAGUGAGAAGUGGUGAUCCUCACGCAACUGGGGCCCUCGAAGAGGCCGCCGAGAAACGUGCUGAAGAGGCCCCUGAGGCGCACACUGCUGGGGCCCCUGCUGUGCAAGAGGAAGAACAUGAAAUGUUUUGCCCUCUGUCGCCGAAUUCAGCCUUAGGGGCGUGCACUCCAUCAAAAGUUUCGAAGAAGGGCGCGUCAACAACUACAAGGCAGAGAGCUGCUGCUGCUGGGGCAGUUGUUUCGUCUCAGGACCCUUCUCCUUCAGAUAAAAAUAUGUCUUAUGGGCCUGCAUGCAAUCAUCUUCCUUUCCUUGAAGGCAGAGCGCUGCAGACUUUGUUGCCGUUCCUCUUUGGACGGCCUUUGGGCGCCUGCAUGGGUGUUUGCGUGCACUGGUUCAUGAAAAUAAGCAAUGCCCUUGCUGAGAUGUGCGCCCCCAUCGAUAGAGGCUUCGAGGCAUCUUAUGGGAAGUACCUUUUGCCUGUGAGCGCUACGGUGAAGCUUCAGGCACUGCACAUUGCACAAGGAGAGGGGUUUCGACUGGAUUGGGUUAUCACAGCCAAGGUGUUGCCCCCCGCUGCCAACCAUGUGCUGUCUAUGGGUUAUUGUUUUAAAUACCGGCAUCCUUCUUCUCUAAACGACUGGCAUUUGCCUCCUCGUUAUGCUGGCCGUGAAAAGACAGCAGAUAGUUCCUCUCGUUGGGUCGAGAGGAACUCCUUCUCACGCAGGUCUUCUUUGCGUGGCAUCUCAGGGGGAGGCCAGAGUCCAACGACAAUCACUGGGAAGGAGCCUGCAGACCAGUGUCGACGGGAAGCGCCGAUGUUCUCUGUUGCAGUUGCGCCUUUGGGUAGCAAACGGCGGCUGUGGCUGCACCGUGACCUGUGCAGGUUCCACGGCGAUGAAACCGGGCAGGCGGUGUUGUCGCAUUUGGGUCCCGUUUGUGUAGGGGAUUUCGUUGAAGUGCCAGUGGUUCUCUCUAACGGAAUAGGCGCUGCUGAUGUGUCCACGGUGAGUCGUUUCCGUCAUCUACAAAGGUUCCGGGAACGUACUUUGCGUGGUGUGCUUUUGGUACGUGCAGAAUGCUUGGAGCCUGAAUUACAUCAUGAAUCCACCGAGUAUUCAGGCAUUGAUGUGCUCGUCCGACGCUCUCUCUACCGAGCAGUGCAAAAAGGUUCGGCAGGAACAGCAGCCCAGCGAGCUUGGGGCCUGCAGUGUCAAGUGGUGCCUCAGGAUGCACCCAUCAUAUUCCCUUUGACUCGCAAAGGUCUUUUGCAUGACCGAUCCUCCCGUUUUCAGCUCCGCGUGGGCGACAUAUUGGAGUCUUAUUUGACCAUCGGAGGUGCGAGCGUUUGA